CUCGUAUAUACCUCGCUUCAUCGCCUCUCGUCAUCGUAGCAACAAUGGGUCUCUCUCAGGCGCUGUACCAGGCUGUGUUCAAGAGGAAUUCAAUCUUCGUCGGAACUGUCUUCACCGGAGCUUUCGCCUUCGGAUUGGCCUUCGACACACUAGCAACCAAGCUCUGGGACAACCACAACGCUGGAAAGCAAUGGAAGGACAUUCGAGACAAGAUCAGUUCUCAAGCGGAAGAGUAAAGAUGCGAUGGCUCGAGGGGACUUUGCCGAGGUAGCCCAAAAUCAGGGGAGUCAGAGGGACUGCCGGGUCUGAGGUAGCUCUUGUCGUACCUAUCGAAGCGAAGACUCCGCAAAACCAUGCGUUCUUGGUCCACAGCAUGCUACUGUUCGUGGUAUGAUUGACAAUGGACUGUACUCCUUGGAGCCCUGGCGAAAGACCUACUGCUGCGUACAUCCACAACUCAUCCCGCCUUAUCCAUCCCUGACUCCUCUGCUGAAGCUCAAGCAGCCGCGUCGGUUGAUGAUGAGGCCUUUGCCAGCUUGACUGCCUCUUGAGCUCCCUUUGCCUCCUCUGACUCUACCAAGUCCGAGUCGAGCCCCUCC